UUGUUCAGUGCAUAAAAACUCCUUAUUAAUUUUGUAUCUGUAAUUUAUAUAUGUAUUUUACGUAACUAUAGCCUCUCUAAUUGAUUUUUUUUUUAUAUUUAUAAAUCUUCUCAUAUUGGGCAAAUUUGCCUGAGGAACUUUUGGAUUCAAUUUUGAGAUUAGUGUUACAAUCAGACUAUAUUCAGUUUAGUCGUGUUUGUAUGCCAUGGUAUUGUGUAGCAAAAGAUAUUAAAAGGCAUCAUUCUCCAAUGAUUUUGAUUCAUAUGCCCAAAAAAGAUACAUGGAAUUUGUACAACGUCAUGUUUGGUAAUGUUCUUGAUUUGGAAUUUAAAUUGCCGAAGAUGCGAUUUUGUGGUUAUGCAAAAGAAUGGUUAAUAAUGAAGGAACAAUUGCCGAAUUUGUCAUCAAGGCUACAAUAUCAGCCGAUCCAAUAUUGGAUGCCAACAACUGUGUUGUUGUUGUCAUUUAUGAGGGAUCAUGUAAAUUAGCUUUCAUUAGACUCAAUAAAGACACAACAUGGACUUACGUUGAUCCAAGGUUGGAAUACAUUGGUCAAAGCUUGGAUAUGAUUGAAGAUGUUGUUCAUGUUAAAGAGAAGUUUUAUGCUGUUAAAGUAGGGGGUCAACUUUUUUCUUUUGAUAUUAUUACUCAAUCCAAGCAACUGGUUGCAGAGGGCAUGCGACAUGAUUUGGAGAAGGUAUAUCUUGUGGUUUUAAAUGAUAAAGAAUUAUGGAUGGUUCGAAGGUUUCUUGCUUUUGGAGAUGAGGAUCGUGUGACGAAAAAAGUUAGAAUAUACGAAUUGGAUUUUGAUAAGCAUGAGUGGGUUGAGAAAGAAACCUUGGGUGAUGUCGCUCUUUUUUUGGGUGAUAACUUUUCAAUAUCUGUCUUGGCUUUAAAUUUUUUAGGAUAUCGGCUGAAUUGCAUUUACUUCAACCAUGAUCAUGAUCGUUAUUAUGGUUAUUUCAUAGGCUGUUUGCAUCAUGAUUUUAGUGUGUAUGAUGUUAAAAGUCAGCGCUUUUCACAGCCUUAA